AUGUUAAGUUAUAUCAGUCUAACAUAUCUAUCUAUCUAUCUAUCUAUAUCUAUCUUCUUUCAUAAUAUAGUUGAAAACAUGCAAAUCAACUAUUUUUUAGCAAGUUCUGUUCAUAUCUAUCUAUCUAUCUAUCUAUUUAUCUAUCUAUCUAUCUAUCUAUCUAUCUAUCUCAGUCUGUUCAUAUAUAUUUAUCUUAGUCUGUUCAUUAUCUAUCUAUAUUCAUCUAUCUCAGUCUGUUCAUCUAUCUAUCUAUCUAUCUAUCUAUCUAUCUAUCUAUCUAUCUAUCUAUCUGUUCAGCUAUCUCAGUCUGUUUUAUCUCAGUUUGUUCAUAUCUAUAUCUAUCUCAGUUUGUUCAUAUAUAUAGAUCUAUCUCCAUAUGUUCAUAUCUAUCUAUCCGUCUCUGUAUAUUCAUAUCUAUCAAUCAUUCUCACACUUAAUAUCUGUCUCACACUUUUAAUAUCUCACAUUUUUUAA